AUGGAAGACACCCGCCACAGGAAGAUCAAGAGCGGUGCAAAGGAGCGCGUACUUGAAUAUGUGUCCUCUCUCAAGGAGAUUAGAGAACGCACGCGGAAACUCUUUCGCAACAACAAGCUGGUCGAGAUGAUGUAUGUCCUGCGUGACACAGGAUUGACCUACCUUGUCAAACGUCGUGCUGACGGCCAAGUCGUAAUGACUCCCAGGAGGAGAAAAAGACGGUCUAAGCGUAACACAGGCGCCGCGAAGGAGAAGUCUUCCCGUCACAACAACAGCAGUGCCUCGACCAGUUCUGGCAGAAGACAUCGCCGCAAACACCGCCAUGACCACCAAGAGCCUUACUGCCAGUACUGUGAGGAUCGUCGGGAGCGUCGUGAACGGAGGCAUGAGCACCGCGAAUAUCGAGACAGCCUCGUGCAUCAUCGGAAGCACUACAAGCACCGCGGUGGUGACGAGCAUGAGCACGGUGCUCACCAGCAUCAUGAGUAUACUGAGCAUCCCGAGUCUUCAUCAGUGACUCAACCCCCGGUUGAGUCCAUUCGAAGUCCGACUGACAACAGCCCUAUCACGGAGACGGAGAGGCCGGAGCCACCGUCUGACCGCAUGACCCGCAUAUCAGACUUUAUGGCACCUCGAAAUGAUGCUGCGCCAUCUAAACCUGCAAGCUAUUCAGACAAACCACUCCCUCGGCUUCCCCGACCGGAGCGCGAGUCCACCCGCAUGACCCGCAUGUCAGACUUCAUGGCACCCGUAAGUGAGGCUGCACCAUCUCGACCCGUAAGCUAUUCGGACUACGAACUCCCUGAGGAGAGGCUUAGUAUCUUCUCUGAACUGCACCUUGAUGAUGGUAAGCGUGAGCAUAAACCUCAGUUUCGCUCUGCGGGUGAAAUGGGUAAAUCCGUACGACUGUCGAGCAUGGCUUCUGUGGCUACUUUCAAAACGAGUCCCGUUGAUAAGCCUAGCGGAGGCCAAGGGCUGAACAGUCUGAUCCAUCAAGAGCUGCGAAAUGGUUGGAGCUCCGAUGAGGAUGACAGUUCUUCAUCUGACUAUAGCGAUGAUGAAGGCGACGAGUAUGAAGAGGGAGAAGAGGAGAUCAUUGACCUGAAUGGUGAUGAUUGA